AUGGGCAAUUUCAAAGCCGAUGAGGGACGAGAAAGAAAAAUUGGGACCCUCACGACAAUAUUCGUAUUCUGGAUACCACCACGUGAACACAAGAUAACGUUCUCGAACUCAAUUUUCGUCGCACUAAGUUUCUACUAUUUGAUUUUAAUUGAUUUGAUUCCACCAACUUCUCUUGUCGUUCCACUCCUCAACAAGUAUCUGCUAUUCACACUUGCAUUGGUUUGUGCAUCAAUAUUGAUCAGUGUGGUCAACGUGAAUAUCUACCGAAGACAAGGCACAUUCUACAAAAUGUCAGACUGGAUGCGAUGCUUAUUUGUUCGAACACUACCAAAAUUCUUAAACUUAAAAAUGUUGACGGUUCAAGAUGCUGACGACCACUCUUCAUCAAGUUUUCUUUCGCAUAGCGAUGACUCAUCUGAAGACUCGAGUUGUCCAACUGAUUCGGCAAUUCGUAAAUAUACGCUACCGUCGUUUGCUGAGCCUAUCACACCAAAGAUGCGAUUGCUCAGUCUAUGCGAGGUAAGUGACGUGGAUGAUUGCCGUAAAACUUUAGACCUGCUGUUGCACUUUUCUAUGAGAAUCGUCGAAGGAUUCGAGGCAUUUUCCGUCUUGUGA